AUGAUUCUGGAGGUGUUGAUGUUGUUGGUGUGUGUUCAUUUCAAACAUUCGGAUUCGUGUAAUGUUCGACCAAAAGACAACUGUGAAGAUGGAUGGACAUAUUACAAAAGAGCUACCACUGGAUGGUGUAUGAAAAUUGUGGUGACAGAAGCCAUGACAAAAGCAGACGGUGUAGCGGCUUGUGCUGAGUUGGGAGCCGUUUUAUCUUCAAUCGAUGAUUCCACAAUGAAAAAUGUGAUUGAUAAUUUGAAAACUGCGGCGAAUAUUCAAGACACAACUUGGCUUGGUGGAAUAUUGAAAGAUGAGUGUAUGGGAGAUAAGUGUGAAAAAAAAGAAAAUGAUGACAGUCUAUGUAAACUAACUGAGACAUGUGGAAAUAAUCGAUUUAUUUGGACUGAUGGUUACACAACAACACAAUCCGACGAAUAUCUUGCUGAUAGGAUAAAGAACGGUGUAUGGAGCACAAUCGGUUAUGAUUAUAAUUAUGAACUCUCCGAAUCGUGUAUUUUCUUAGGAGAGGUUAGUGUAUGUGGUCCAACCGAAUCCGCAAGUUCGGCAGUUUGUGGAAAGAAAUCAAACAGUUGA